AUGAAUGAGGGAGGUCUUCUGGCUGCCUGCAGGCAUGGUCUUUUUGAAAGAGUUAAAGGCUUGAUUGAGGCUGGAGCCAAUCCUCUCUUUAUAGACUCCGUCGGACGUUCAGGGCUCCACUUUGCGGCGAAGAUGGGUCAUUUAGAAGUAAUGGAAUAUCUCGUCAAACAUGGUAAGAUCUUGAGAGCAGAUCUUAUUAAACUAUGCUGA